AAAUAUCAACAACCCUAUUGUCAAUUCUAUGUUUUGUGCGUAACGACGAAAGUGAAGGAGAACCAAGAGAGCCGAGAACAGUAAAUUUUGUCACAUAUCAGUAACAUUUACUUGCAAAAUCAUCAAGGAACUGACAAAUUGCUUACGAUAAGGUAUGUACGGAUAAUGAACACAAUGGAACCCGAAAUACGGCCUCUUGUACAGGUCUACCCUUUCAACAUUAAACACGAGUCAAGUUUUGACAUAGACGAUUCCGUUUCGGUCACAUCCGACCAAAAACUGUUGCUUAAUUCAGUCGAACCUAUACAUUGCCGUGGGGAAAGCAUUGAACCUCCACAGUUGCUAGCUGUUGAAGACAACCCAGAUGGUGAGAAGUGUGCUCCAUUCGUCCCCAAACGAAAGUUCAAAUGCUCUGUUUGUGAUAAAGAAUUUACCCAACGCCAUAGUCUUGUUUAUCACGAAAGCGUUCACAGUGACGAACGGCACCAGUGCGAUGUUUGUGGUAAAGUCUUCCUCCGGCUGAAGAGUUUGGAAACGCACAGCUUCAUGCACACACAGGCCAACACCCACAUAUGCACCUCUUGUGGAAAAGGCUUUGCUAACAAUGCUCGUCUGGUUCAGCAUAUGAUGAGACAUAAUGGUAAGCGGAAACACAAGUGUGAACAGUGUCCAAUGGCUUUCAUCACCAACGUGGAACUAAAAUUGCACACACGCAUUCACACUGGCGAAGAGCCAUUCAAGUGUGCUGUAUGCGGCAAAGGAUUCAAAUCGUCCAGCUAUCGGACCCAGCAUAUGCGAAAUCACACAGGAGAAAAACCGUAUGAGUGUUCUGUGUGUGAUAAACGUUUCUACGCCAGUAGCGCACUGACGAUUCACAUGCGUAAUCAUACAGGGGAUAGGCGCUACAAGUGUGAAAUUUGUGGUAAAGCUUUCCUAGAGCCAAGUCACCUGACUGAGCAUGUUCGCAUGCAUACUGGUGAGCGUCCUUUUAACUGUGAUAUAUGUGGUAAAACCUUCGCCUAUGCAAGCGGCCACAGACGUCACAUGCUUCGGCAUGCCGGAAAGCGCUCCUUCAAAUGCGACGAGUGUGGCAAAGAGUUCAGUUCCACCAGCUAUCUGGCUAUUCAUGUGAAGCUGCACAAUGACGAACGAUCUUUUAUAUGUGACAUAUGCGGUAAAGGAUUCACCGGAACCGCUCAUCUGACCCAGCAUAAACGAGUUCAUAUUUUGGAACGGGCGCAUAAAUGUGACUUCUGCGACAAGGCAUUUGUCAGUCCUACUGACCUGGGAAAGCACGUACGCACGCACACGGGUGAGCCGGCGUUACGACCCUACCAAUGCGAAGUCUGUUUCAAAUCGUACGCUUCGAGCUGGUUGGUGUCACAGCAUAUGCGUAGCCAUACUGGCGAAAGACCGUUCAAGUGCGAUAUGUGUGGUAAAGAAUUUCUUCGCAAUUAUCACCUCAAACAGCACCGGCGCGUCCACACCGACGAUCGGCCCUUCGAGUGUGACAUUUGCAAGAAAGGAUUUUUCGACAACACCGAACUCAAGUUCCACAGGCGGUCGCACACGGGUGAAAAACCACACCGCUGCGAGCUGUGCGACAGAGCCUUCACCCGUCCGAGUGAACUGAACGUGCACAAGCGUGUUCACGCUAACGGGCCGUUACAUAAGUGCGGAGCCUGCGGGAAGGAAUUCGUACAGAUAAAAGCUUACAACAGACAUCAGAAGAUACACAAAGUUGACGCCAUAAAGGAUGCAGAGCGAGACGAGAUAACACUUGACGAGUCGCAGGAUCCCUAGCGACGGUUGCUAAGUUGGUAGAGUAAGGAAUUGAUUGACAAAGAGACAUAAGCGAUAAAAGUUGAUUUGUUUAGGUUAUGUUUCACUUCAAUAAAACUGUUGAAAUUAA